UUAUUUAGUUAAUUGUAUAUGUGUUAGUCAUUAGGACAUUACGGAGUUACGAAGUUAUACAAAAUGUUGAAGUUUACAGUUUUAGUUUUAGUGGUCCUAUUCGCAAAUGCCAAAGGGUCUGUCCAAAGGAUAGCCGGUGGUAACCCUACUUACAUUAAUGAGUAUCCGUUCGUGGCUGCACUAUUGACGAAUGGUGGACAAGGAACCUCUUAUACUCAGGCGUGUGCGGGUUCCAUCCUCACGAACCGCGCCAUCUUGUCUGCAGCCUCAUGCUUUUAUACUAAUGCAGUGGUGAAUCAACCUUCGUGGUGGAGAGCUAGAGUAGGAUCGACGAGGGCUAACAGUGAAGGAACGGUCUACAUGAUCAACCUGAUCACCGUGCAUGAUAACUAUGUAACUGCCACUCAGGUCAACGACCUGGCUAUAUUAAGGUCCGUUCUUCCUAUAGCAUUCAAUGCAAAUGUGGCCCCUGCUAGAAUAGCAGGUAUAGCUUACCCGUAUGGCGUCAACCAAAUGGUCUGGGCCCUCGGAUGGGGCGCUACCUCUAGCACAUCCCCAACGCUAUCACAAGAGCUGCAUGUGGUCCAGAUGUGGUUGAUCAAUCUGCAGACGUGUCAGAACAACUACGCAUCUACUGCAUUCAUUGUCAAUGACAAUAUGGUGUGCGCUGGUCUUCCAGAUGUGGGCGUCGUAGGACAGUGUACGGGUGAUGCCGGUGGUCCACUGUUGGACUCCGAAGGUGCCGUGAUCGGUGUGUUCUCUCGUUCACAAGGCUGUGGUGACGCUGCCUACCCGAGCAUCAACACACGAGUCGCGUCUUUCACUAGGUGGAUUGUCAACACUGCGCUAGCUCAAUAAACUAUAUCUAAAAGAAAUUGGAAAUAUAAAAAGUUCUAUCUAGAAUUUGACACAAAAACGUUGUGUAGAUGCAUUUCGCACAUUUUCCUGUUCCAAAGCCUUACUUCUCUUUCCUCUGUCUUCAACAUCUGCAACUGAAGAAGAAGGUGUUUCGAAAACUACAUUCUUAGCUAACUGACUCUUGCAAAUCUUUCAUUUUGUCAAACAGAUGUCAUUCAGUUUUAAUUCCUUACAAUAAAAUAUAUUAAGCUCCUAAACUA